GCGGGGCGGGGGGGAGUUAUAUUGCGGGGUCCUUCCUCGCUCACCCUGGUUCCUCACGGAGCGGAGACGGCAAAUGGCGGACUUCGAUACCUACGACGAUCGGGCCUACAGCAGCUUCGGCGGCGGCAGAGGGUCCCGCGGCAGUGCUGGUGGCCAUGGUUCCCGUAGCCAGAAGGAACUGCCCACAGAGCCCCCCUACACAGCAUAUGUAGGAAAUCUACCCUUUAAUACGGUUCAGGGCGACAUAGAUGCUAUCUUUAAGGAUCUCAGCAUAAGGAGUGUACGGCUAGUCAGAGACAAAGACACAGACAAAUUUAAAGGAUUCUGCUAUGUAGAAUUUGAUGAGGUGGAUUCCCUUAAGGAAGCUUUGACUUAUGAUGGUGCACUCUUGGGUGAUAGGUCACUUCGUGUGGACAUUGCAGAAGGCAGAAAACAGGAUAAAGGUGGCUUUGGAUUCAGGAAAGGUGGACCAGAUGACAGAGGAAUGGGUGGCUCUCGAGAAUCUAGAGGUGGAUGGGAUUCCCGGGAUGACUUCAAUUCCGGUUUCAGGGAUGACUUCUUAGGAGGCAGGGGAGGAAGUCGCCCAGGUGACCGGCGAACAGGUCCCCCAAUGGGGAGUCGUUUCAGAGAUGGUCCUCCCCUUCGAGGGUCCAACAUGGAUUUCAGAGAACCAACAGAAGAGGAAAGAGCACAGAGACCACGGCUCCAGCUUAAACCUCGAACAGUUGCAACACCCCUCAAUCAAGUAGCCAACCCCAACUCUGCUAUCUUCGGGGGAGCCAGACCCAGAGAGGAAGUCUUUCACAAGGAGCAAGAAUGAGCUUUCGGGUGGGAGGGAAUGGGUGUGGGGGAGCCUGAGCAAGAGCACAGCUGGCCAGCCCCGGACUGGCAGCCCUGCGGUUACCAUUCCUGCGCCUGACCUUUGCCCUCCUUUCUUACAAGGGAAACACAGCUUGUGAGUGCAUGUCAGCAGUUAACAAGUGGUUUUUAGUACAUCCUUGGCUUUGCUGUAUCUAGCUAGUGCCUGUUUUGUGCUUUUUCUUUUUUUUUCUGCCACUCCUUUGCCAUUAUCCUCCUCCUGUCUUUUCUCCUCGCUUCCUUCCAGCACAUCAGUUUCUUUAGAGGGACAGGCAGCCACCACAUGGAGUUGUUUGGAUUGAGGUGUGGCCUCAUCUUUUCUCCUUUGCUUUGUCCUUUUACUUCAGGCACACUGGCCAGAUCCCAGUUGCUUCCUUUGGUUUUCUCAGUGCUUCUCCUGACCUGCAUGUCGAGUUCUGUAUUGCUGUGGCUUCCUGGAGAACAGAAAAGUCACAACUCGGAAUAGUGUCUUGAUUUUAUCGGCUGUAGUCAACAUACAGAAUUCAAGGCACUUUGUUUUCAGAAUAAGGGUGAAAUAAUCUGUUGACCCUUGCAAAUUCCUUGCUAUCUCUAGGUAGUCCUGUCUCCAUUGCCUCCUUCCCGAAUGGAUUGUUGAAGCAGAGUAGGCCAAACUGAUGCGAAUAAUGUGAAAUGUUGGGGGGUUCACCUAGAAGGAAAUUGAGUGUGUCAUGAUGUUCACAGGUUUCAUCGCUGCCCCUUGAACAUUGUCUGGCACCGCUGCAUCGCGGUGCCGACGUCUGGCUGCCCGGCAUAGCGAGCCUCCAGCCGGGCUGCUUCUGCUGGGCAGGGUGCUGCGGGGACCGAGGGUGCUGGUGGGAGGGCUGUGCUGGGUGUGUGGUGCACACGUCGCUUUUCGCAGAUCCCUGUUGUGUGUGUCCUGCAGCCCCUCUGUGUUUCUUCCCUGGUGUAAGUAACAUGAGAUACUAAGCUUCCCACCAUCCCUCAAUUUUACGGUGAAAAUGAGCCUAGGAUUUGGCUUUUUCUUCUUUUCCUUGAUGAACUGAAUUUUUUACUAUGCAGUAAGUUACUGGAUCUCAACUUAGGGAUAUUUUAUUCUGUGUUGUGUUCAGCUCUACCUGGGGCUAGGCGUCUGGGCAUUAGCUUUUGAGCUUGAAUACGUGUGUGAACAAAUUAAAAAUUCUUCAGCAUCCAAGUCCCAGUCUGCCCCAUUGGGAGUGCUUGGGGCCAGCGAGCUGCUUGAGCCCUGAGGAGAGAAGCCCUCCCCAGCGUGACGGGAGGGCUGCGCUAGCCCCCCGCGCCGGCCGGCGUGUGCUCAGGUCGCAGGUAAUGCGCCGGCUCCCUGGCUUCUCUUCCUUUGUCUUUGUUACAAGGCCUCGGCGAUUCACAGAACUCUCCCUCCUUUCCUUCCUUCCACCUGUCAUCUCUGCUUCUGAAAUAAGAACCAUUUGUAUAACGCCAAUACUUAACUUAAGAAAGACAUGCAUUAUGUGGUUGUAAUCAAACCUGAUACUUUCAGAUGACCUACUUACAUCUUCAAUGUGGGAAAGAUUAAGAACAAAACAAAUUCAUCUAAACUUCUGGGCAAUCCAGUUGACUUUUAAAUGUAAGAAUGGAAUUCCAAACACUUAACACAUUCAGCUAUAUGACAGAAAGUAAAUCUAUGGAUAUGGUAUUUUGUGAAUGAUCUUUUAAAUAAAAGAAAACCUUACGUAAUAU